UCACCAACCGCCCGUGACGUAGCCCCCAUCCCUCCCCCCCCCCCCCCCCCCUUCACCCGCAGACGCAUUCCGACAUCGGCGCGGCUACCCCGGCAGAGAGGAGCUCCAGCAUAUAAGCGGACAUGGAUCGCACGAGGUGGCAUUGUUCGGACACGCCAAGCGGCAUGGCACGAAGCGAGAUCGUCAUCCCCAUCCACUCCUUGCGGAGUGUUCCUCAGGAGUCGUACCGGACGGAAGUGAAACGGCAUGUUCAAGAAGUCCUUGAGCGGGCCAGCCGGCCCAACUACGACCUACGACGGGAACUGAGCGCCAUGUUCAAUCAGUUUCCCAUGCGAUCCAGCCUGCUGGAAGACGACGACUUCGACGACUUCUUCAGGGACAUCGUUCCGGCAAGGUCUUUCCCGUCGUUCGAGAAGGCGUUCAAGGAGGUCAAGACCGUAGUGGACGAGAACAACAAGCUGCUCAUGGAAGUGGACGUGCAAGAAUAUGAGCCGGAGGAGAUUACCGUCAAGGCCAUCGAGGGCAAGCUUUUGGUGCACUGCAAGAAGCAGAGGCCCGGCUCCUGCAAGGAGACGCGACGAGAGAUCUCUCUACCGGAUGGCAUCGACGUCGAGACCAUCACGUCCAACUUGACAGCGGACGGGAAGCUGAAGAUUACGGCCAUGCUUCCGAUGCCAGAACAGGACAGGCUACAGCAUGCCACAGCGGAGCCUGAAGGUGACCAGAAGGCGGAGGCGUUUCUAUACGUCGGGGACUACUGAAGACAAAGAGGUGGACUCAGGGAGACGGGACAUUGGGUUUUCAUAGGACCUGGCAUUUGUAGUGGGGUCACCUGGCGAGAACUGUGAGGCUAUAACAACUGUUACCUGAUGAGUUUUUCAUCAUACAUGAAAAAGGUGUGAUUCCUUGGGAGGUUAGAACAGUACUUGGAGCUAAAGGAUAUGACCCGUUCUUCAAUCUGUAUAGUUAGUGUGAGUGCCUGAUUAAGCUUUCCAUUUAAACUUCCAUCAAAUGUAUAAAUGGCCUGAAUGAAUAUUUUUGGUGAACAGUUUUUUGGUGGCAGUUACUCGUUUCAUUUUCAAGCCGACAGUUGCUACCUCUCUAACUUUAGGCCUAAAAUAUUUGAUGUUUCACUUUACUUGCCAUUAAGAGCAUCUUAAUUCACUUUCUACUAUUCUGACUUUUCGCACACAUUAAAUCUUCCUUAGUUCUUUUUGAAAGUAGCAACACAAAGAGAAUAAUUUACCUCACCAAAAGAAAUAGGUAUAAGUACAAAAAAGAAGGAACGAAUUAUCAGGCCAAACGCGCAUAAAACUGUCCAUGAGUACGUUAGUUGUCUACAUAUACCUAUAUAUAUACAUAUCCAAAACAUUCUGGAUCCCCUGUUCCUCUGUUCGUGUUAAAAAAGAGAAAUUUUAUCAAGUUUCAGAAAUACAUCGCAAUUACUCGUUCGACUGUAAUAUAUUCAAACCAAUUCAUGCUAUACUGCCCGCAAAUGUUGUAUUCUUUGUACAUAGAAUAUUUGAAAUAAAUAUUGCCUGUUUCA